AUGUUAACCCUAAACACCGCUGACCUCCUGGGCUCUCCCAAACAGUUUCCCGAAUACCACGAACCCGGAAUCUUUGUACCCCCAUCGCCCACCCAAUUCCCUGAAUACUGCGAACCUCCUGAGUUUGUAGCAUCAACUUUCCAGUCCCCCCAAUACUGCGAGCCAGAACCCCUCGACAUCAUGGCGAAUCUCGAAGACGACGUCUCACCUGCCACUCCCACGGAUCCUACCACGAAUCCUACCAACAAAUUGAUCGAGCAGGUCGUGAGGACACCUGGUCGGCAACCAUCCCCGCAGCCAACACAUUUCAGUAUACCCUAUAGGAACGGCAAUGGCAACGGCAAUGGCAAUCCUCAUAGGAUCUUACGCUCUGGUACCGUGGGGUAUAUUGCUCCUGAAUUCAAGGGCAAGAAGGACCAAAUGCUACAGGUCAAGACAAAAAUUGAGCAAGAGGGGUGGAUACCAACCACUGUCGUUGACCAGCAAAUAGCUUGGUUCUACCAUGAACUUGGUAUCGAUGAUGUCUACUUUCAACUCGAGAAUGUUGAUGCUAUCGCGUCGCAUAUCACAUCACUCUAUGCUGCCAAGAUUGCGGCAUUUGCACGAGCUGAUAAGAGACAAGAAAUCAGAUUGGAUAUGGAAGCAUCGGAUCACGCCAUCUACAUUGACACGAGUGAGCCUGGUGUCAGCAAAAUUGAUGGGCCGCGUUACGAACACAGACUCGAGUCAAAGUACCUCGAUGCGUCUGGUGGAAAGUCCAUUUACCGAGUGGAGACUUUCCGGUCUCCAAGCAACUUGGCCGGAGCUUCCCCGUCAAAGUCAACAAUGCGUUGUUACUUUGUGUACCAAUGCCAAUUUGUGGACCCAAAUCCUUCCCCGCAGGAGACGCGCCUUGAAGUGAUUGGCGACCGCAUGUUUCUCGCCAAGGCGACCAAGAACACCAAACAGCUGUACCAAGAGAUCAUUGAACUUGCGGUCCAGAGAACCGGCCCCGUGAUUGAGACUUUUAAUGUCGAAGGUUCAAAAGAGAUCCGACUCGUGGUGGCCUUCCGCCGACGAACUGCAUUGGGCAUGUUUAGUGCGUUGUCUGACCUAUACCAUUACUACGGAGUGACGAGCUCAAGAAAAUAUGUUGAACAAUUCUCCAAUGGCAUCACUGUCAUCUGUCUUUAUCUUAAGCAGGCCGCGAACUUAGACACUAGCAAAUUCCCUCCCCUAGCCCAGUCCAAGCAUCAACUCACCAAGGAAAUAUCUUUGUUGUACUGCAUUCCCCAGAACAAGUUCCAGGCUUUGUUUGCUAGUGGACGCUUGAGCUUGCAGGAGACAAUUUAUGGACAUUCCGUUUGUGUUUUCGUUCAGCAUUUCCUCAAUCGCUUAGGCUCUGAAUACUCUUCGCUCGUCUCUGCAUUAGACUCAAACAACAGCGGACACGCAGAAAUUCUUUCGAGGAUCAAGCGCCGAUUGAGAGCUGAGACGUUUACAGCCAGCUAUAUCGCUGAGAUCAUCAACUCUCGUCCCGAUCUCAUUCGAUCACUUUAUGCAUCAUUUGCCAGCACUCAUCUUGCGAUAGGACUGGACUCUGAUGAAGAGCUUGUCGCACCAACUCCUUCAAAGGAGGUCUUAUCCGACGUCCAGUUACAAGACCUGAUCACAAAAUCGAUCAUCGACGAAAAUGAGCGUUUGGUUAUGCAAUCUUUUCGCAUUUUCAACAACUCUGUCCUCAAAACCAACUUCUACACACCAACAAAGAUUGCUCUCAGUUUCCGUCUUGACCCCUCAUUCCUUCCGGCACUUGAAUAUCCUCAGACGUUAUAUGGUAUGUUUAUGGUAAUCAGCUCAGAGUCGCGAGGUUUCCAUCUUCGUUUCCGUGAUAUUGCCAGAGGCGGUAUUCGAAUUGUCAAAUCACGAAAUCGGGAGGCUUAUUCCAUUAAUGCACGAUCAAUGUUUGAUGAAAAUUAUGGACUUGCCAAUACGCAACAGCGCAAGAACAAAGAUAUUCCGGAGGGAGGUUCCAAGGGCGUCGUCCUUCUUGAUGCACAGCAUCAAGACAAGGGUAGCGUGGCGUUUGAGAAGUACAUUGACAGUAUCAUGGAUCUCCUCCUACCGCCCGCUUCACCCGGUAUCAAAAACCCAAUCGUGGAUCUUUAUGGCAAGCAAGAAAUUCUGUUCAUGGGACCGGACGAGAACACUGCCGACCUUGUUGACUGGGCUACUGAGCACGCUCGGAAGCGGUCUGCUCCAUGGUGGAAAUCGUUCUUCACUGGCAAAUCCCCUAAAUUAGGUGGUAUUCCUCACGAUGCAUAUGGUAUGACUACUCUAUCAGUCCGAGAAUAUAUCGAGGGCAUCUAUCGCAAGAAGGAGCUGGAUCCCCGCAAGAUUCGCAAAAUGCAAACGGGUGGUCCCGAUGGAGAUUUGGGAAGCAAUGAAAUCUUGCUCAGCAACGAAACUUAUACCUCCCUCGUUGACGGUUCUGGUGUACUGGCCGAUCCAAAUGGUCUUAACCAUGCGGAAUUGAUCCGUCUUGCGAAAAAGCGCGCCAUGAUUUCGGAGUUCGACAUCAAGCUUCUCUCAAAAGAUGGGUACCGUGUCUUGUGCGAAGAUGUCAAUGUCAAACUUUCUACCGGAGAAGUCAUUCCUAAUGGCACAACCUUCCGCAACACCUUCCAUCUCCGCAACAACGGAUUCACAGACACGUUCAUUCCAUGUGGUGGACGACCAGAAUCUAUCGAUUUAUCCACUGUUGGCAAACUCAUUAAGAAUGGCAAAUCGAUCAUUCCGUAUAUCGUCGAAGGAGCCAACCUCUUUAUCACCCAAGAUGCCAAACUUCGCCUUGAAGCUGCCGGAUGUAUUCUUUACAAGGAUGCCAGUGCGAAUAAGGGUGGAGUUACAUCCUCAUCGCUUGAGGUCCUGGCUAGUUUGAGCUUUGACGACAACGGAUUUAUUGAGAACAUGUGUGUUGGCAGCAAUGGCCAAACCCCCGAGUUCUACAAAGCAUACGUCAAGUCCGUCCAAGAGGUCAUCAAGCUGAACGCUCGUCUGGAAUUCGAGGCUAUCUGGAGAGAGCACAAGGCGACUAAGAUUGCCCGCAGCACCCUUAGUGACACACUCAGUAUCGCCAUCACCAAGCUUGACGAAGAGUUGCAAAAUACAGCUCUUUGGCACGACGAGAAACUCCGCCGAUCGGUUUUGAAAGAUGCGCUUCCUCAAUUGUUGUUGGAGAAGAUUGGUCUGGAUUUGAUUAUUGAGAGGGUACCAGAAAACUACCUCCGUGCUAUCUUUGGUAGUUAUCUCGCCAGUCGUUUCGUAUAUGAAUUCGGACCUUCGCCAAGCCAGUUUGCGUUCUUUGACUUACAACAUCAAACAAUCCCAUCACCAGACUUGGUCGAGGAAAUCACACAUGUGGCUAUUGCGUUUAUGCCGUCGUCGUUUUUCAACCGAGGGCCAGACCAGAAGGAUACGGGAUUCCCCCUCUGGACUAGUGUGGAUGAGGUGAGGAGGAAGUUUAGGGAGGGCACGAAGGUUAUGGUUGCGAUUGGCGGGUGGGGGGAUACGGUGGGGUUCGAGGAGGCGGCGACGAGCGAGGAGGGGAGGGUGAGGUGGGCGGAGAAUGUGAGGGUGAUGGUUGAGGAGAGUGGUGCGGAUGGCGUAGACAUAGACUGGGAAUACCCAGGCGGCAACGGCGAAGACUACAAACACAUCCCCAACUCCUCGCGCGCCUGGGAAAUCGACGCCUACCCUCUCCUCCUCUCAGCACUCAGAGCAUCCCUCGGUCCCCACAUCCUCAUCUCAGCAGCCGUGCCGGGCCUCCCUCGCGACAUGCUAGCCUUUACUUCCACCACCGUCCCGCUCAUCGACGCCUCGCUUGAUUUCUGGAACAUCAUGACCUACGACCUCAUGAACCGGCGCGACAACGUCACGAAACACCAUACGGGCAUCGCCGCUUCGCUGGUGGGCAUAGAUGCGUAUCUAGCUCGGGGCGUGCCGGCCCCAAAAGCGAACUUGGGGUUUGCGUUUUACGUCAAGUGGUUCCGGACGCGUGAUUGUGGGACAGAGGAGGUGGGGUGCGAGACGGUGCUGCUUGAGGAUCCGGAGACGGGUGCGGAUCUGGGGGGUGCAGGGGCGUUUAGCUGGGAUGAUGAAGUUCCGGGGGACGUGGAGGAUUCUUUUACCAGGGCAUUGAAGGAGGGACGGUGGGAUGAAGAGGGAGGAGGCUGGUAUUAUUGGGAUGCGGGGGAGCGGUUGUGGUGGACGUGGGAUACGGAGGGUGUGAUUGGGAAGAAAGUUCCGGGGGUGCUGAGGGAGAAGAACUUGGGUGGUGUUUUUGCGUGGGGACUGGGCGAGGAUGGGCCGAGGUGGGAGAGGUUGCAGGCGCUGACUAGGGGGUAUAGAGAGUUGAAAGAUGGGAAUGGGAACGGGGAUGGAAGGACGAAGGAUGAGUUAUGA